GGCGUCUCUCGGUUUGUUUGGCGUUCGCUUACAGCAUUCAUUGUACGACAGUCAAAGUAGUCAUUUCUGCAGUGGUCAUUUCACCAUCAGCAUCGUGACUGAAAAUAUUGGCGGCGCAUUGCGAUUUAUUGCCCGUUUAAAGAGAGACAUAACUGAAUAAUGUUUCUCAUGUUUUGUUUUGGCCUCAUUUCGUCUUCAUUUUAGAUGAUCAAAGGAAUAAACUGACGUCGCUUUACGGUUCGUAGCGCAGUUUUCGACGUCAUAAUUAUGUAUGACGUCACGUCGUCAUGACGUGCGUUUCCUAGCGAUAACGUCAAACCACAAAACUCUAGUGCCAUUGAACGAAAGGAACGCUAACAAUUGACAGAGCAAUGGUUUCGACCUAAAUAACAUCUCCGUUGAAUGUAACGACGUGCAAGUGAUGGAAAGCAGUGAGGAUUCUCUGGUGCGGAUGCUAGGGGGCGUUCCCGACGUUCCGCUGUCGUCCACAACACGUACAUAUGGCAAUCAGCAAUUGCUGGAAGCAAAACUGAAAAUAGCAGAAAGCAAGACUCGAGGUGGUUUUGCUGACGGUCGUUCAACGCCAGACGAGAUGGCAAGUUUUGACGACGCAUUCAGCACGGAUUUGCCACUCCCUAUAUUUUAUGUGGACAUGACGCAAAUGGCACUGAAGGAAUUCGAAAACUUCGAUGAAAUGUAUAGGUACAUAUCCUCGAACUCUGGUAAUUCAAUUUCGGAAGAACUUUGGUACUCGUGGGAUAACAUUACCUCGCUUCCGGUCCCGAGGCUGUCUCAUUACGUCACGUUUGGCGAAUACCUCCACCAACUGUAUAAGAAUACAGAGCUAGUUGACGUGAAGAUAGAAGUGGAGCAUCACGUAUUUAUGGCACACCGACUGGUUUUGGCUUGUUUUAGCAAAUACUUUUCUAGUUUGCUUCUUUCCAACGUGAGAAAGACACUUCCGUUAGAAAUUAAACUGUUGGGAGUCAGCCCAUCCGCCUUUGCGACAUUUCUAGAAUUUGUGUACACCGGAAACUUGAUGACAAAUCCCGAUGACGAAAUCGACCUUCUAAUAAUGGCCGAAUAUCUUGACGUCCGCGCACUGUGGAAGCGAUUGAAUCGAUCUACCGGAUGUUUGUCACUUCGAGACGCUGUGCGGCUGUUGAUCCGAUGCAAGUAUUCGGGGCCUCUGUACACAAAGGCAUUUCAUCGUGUGCUGCGCGAUUUUAUGAGUGCCGUACUUCUGGCAGAGUUUAUGGAAAUCCGGGUGGAUAACUUCUGCAGAUUGCUGGCUUCAGACGAUCUGAUGGCCCCGCGCGAAUAUGACGUGUUUCAGGUGGGGCUUCGCUGGAUCGUGCACGGGGCACACGAGCGCAUGCAGUACACGACACGUGUCAUGGAACUCGUCAGGUUCUGUCACAUGAGCCAGUCCCAGCUGUUCCAGUGCGUUGACGAGACCCGGAUGUUUGCAGACUACACAGAACUGCGAGAUUUAGUGCUCGUCGCCAACUGGAUCAUCAGCGCGGGACUUUUGAGCAGGAGAGAGCCGUUCCAGUUUCCUGUUUUGAAGAAGAGGAACGGAUAUGCCACUGAACCGCCUUCUACGAUGAAAAAAUCGGGUAGAACAGAACGACAACGAAACAAAAUGCCGCUUAAAGAAAGCAACACACCGGAAGUUUUCAGGGCCAGUAUUAAUUGCCAACAAACAAUAAGAUCGUCAUACAAACCAGCAGUAUCAGCUCAAGAAAUGAGAAAAAUGACGUCAUCAGUAAGAUCAUGCAGCGAAUGCCAGUUCUUAAAGAGCCCUUUAUUGGAGAAGUCCUUGGAAGAAAGCAGAGAGUGUGCAAACGAGGAUAGCCGUGUACUGGAGACGUCCUUGCAACAAAUCAGCGCUCUCAGUAAAAGCAGCUCGGGCUCGAAACCGGAUGAAACAAUUGAGUCAAAGAGCGUCUUGAGAUAUGAACCGGAUACAUCAGUCCAACCAAUGAGCUUCUUGAAAUAUGAACCGGAAACAUCAGUUCGACAAAUGAGCUUCUUGCGAUCUGAACCGGAUACAUUAGUCGGACCAAUAAGUCUAACAGAACGACAACAAAACAAUAUGCCGCUAAAAGAAAGCAACACACCGGAAGUUUUCAGGGUCAGCAUAAGUUGCCAACAACCAAUGAGACCGUCAUACAAACCAGCAGUAUCAGCUCAAGAAAUGAGAAAAAUGACGUCAUCAGAUAGAUCAUGCAGCGAGUGCCUAUUCUCAAAGAGCCCUUUAUUGGAGAAGUCGUUGGAGGAAAGCAGAGAGUGUGCAAACGAGGAUAGCCGUGUACUGGAGACGUCAUUGCAACAAGUCAGCGAUUUCAGUAAAAGCUGCUCGGGCUCGAAACCGGAUGAAACAAUUGAGUCAAAGAGCGUCUUGAGAUAUGAACCGGAUACAUCAGUCCAACCAAUGAGCUUGAGAUAUGAGCCGGAUACAUCAGUCCAACCAAUCAGCUACUUGAGAUAUGAACCGGAUACAUCAGUUCGACAAAUUAGCAUAUUGAGAUCUGAACCGGAUACAUCGAUCGAACCAAAAAGCGUCUUGAAUUCUGAUCCAGAAAUAUCAAUGGGACCAAAGAGCGUUUUGAGAUCUGAACAAAAGAGCGUAUUGAGAUCUGAACCGGAUACAUUAGUCGGACCGAUACGCUUCUUGCAAUCUGAACCGGAUACAUUAGUCGGACCGAUUAGUCUAACUGAAGAACAACCAAACAAUAUGCCGCUUAAAGAAAGCAACACACCGGAAGUUUUCAGGGUCAGCAUAAGUUGCCAAAAAACAAUGAGACAGUCAUACAAACCAGCAGUAUCAGCUCAAGAAAUGAGAAAAAUGACGUCAUCAGAUAGAUCAUGCUGCGAGUGCCUAUUCUCAAAGAGCCCUUAUAGAUCAUGCCGCGAGUGCCUAUUCUCAAAGAGCCCUUUAUUGGAAAAGUCGUUAAUAGAAAGCAGAGAGUGUGCAAACGAGGAUAGCCGUGUACUGGAGGCGUCAUUGCAACAAGUCAGCAAAUUCAGUACAAGCUGCUCGGGCUCGGAACCGAAUGAAACAAUUGAGUCAAAGAGCGUCUUGAGAUAUGAACCGGAUAUUAGUACAUCAGUCCGACCAAUGAGCUUCUUGAGAAAUGAACCGGAUACAUCAGUUCGACAAAUGAGCUUCUUGAGAUAUCAACCGGAUACAUCAAUCGAACCAACGAGCGUAUUGAGAUCUGACCCAGAAAUAUCAAUGAAACCAAAGAGCGCUUUGAGAUCUGAACAAAAGAGCGCAUUGCGAUCUGAACCGGACACAUUAGUCGGACCGAUUAGUCUAGCAGAAGGACAACCAAACAAAAUGCCGCUUAAAGAAAGCAACACACCGGAAGUUUUCAGGGCCAGCAUUAAUUGCCAACAUCCAAUGAGACAGACAUACAAACCAGCAGUAUCAGCUCAAAAAAUGAGAAUUGAAAUGACGUCAUCAGAUAGAUCAUGCAGCGAGUGCCAAUUCCCAAAGCGCCCUUUAUUGGAGAAGUCGUUGGAAGAAAGCGGAGAGUGUGCAAACGAGGUAAGCUGUGUACUGGAGACGUCAUUGCAACAAAUCAGCGCUCUCAGUAAAAGCUUCUCUGGCUCGGAACCGGAUGAAAAAAAUGAGUCGAAGAGCGUCUUGAGAUAUGAACCGGAUAUUAGUACAUCAGUCCAACCAAUGAGCUUCUUGAGAUAUGAACCGGAUACAUCAGUUCAACAAAUGAGAUCCUUGAGAUCUGAACCGGAUACAUCAGUCCAACCAAUGAGCUUCUUGAGAUAUGAACCGGAUAAAUCAGUCGGACCAAGGAGCGUCUUGAGAUCUGAACCAGAUAAAUCAGUCGGACAAAAGAGCGUCUUGAAAUCUGAACCGGAUUCAUUAGUAGGACGAACGAGCGUCGUUGGAUCUGUACCGGAAUUAUCAUCGGAACCAAAAAGCGUUUUGAAAUUUGAACACAAUAGAAAAUUGAGUUCUGAACCGGAUACAUCAGUCAGACCAAAGAGCUUCUUGAGAUUCGAAUCGGAAACAGCAAUGGAACCAAAAAUGAUAUUGAGAUCUGAACACAAGAGCGUUCAAAAAUCUGAAAUGGAUACAUCAGUUCGACAAAUGAGCUUUCUGAGAUCUGAACCGGAUACAUCAGUCCGACCAAUGGGCUCCUUUACUUCUAAACCGGCUACAUCAGUCGGACCGAUGAGCUCCUUUAGUUCCGAACCGGAUACAUCAGUUCGGAUGAGCUUCUUGCGAUCUGAACCGGAAAUAUCAACUGAAACAAAGAGCGUCUUGAAAUUUGAACCGGAAAUAUCAAUGGAAACAAAGACUGUAUUGGGAUCUGAACCGAAUGUAUCAAUGAAACCAAAGAGCGUAUUGGAAUCUGAACAAAAGAGCGUCUGUAGAUCUGAACCGGUAACAUCAGUCGGACCAAAAAUCGUCUUGAGAUCUGAACCAGAAAUAUCAUUUGAACCAAAGAGCGUAUUGAAAUCUGAACCGAAAGUAUCAAUGGAAACUAAGCGCGUUAUAAGAUCUGAACUGGAAAUAUCAAUGGAACCAAAGACAGUAUUGAGUUUUGAACCGAAAAUAUCAAUGGAACCAAAGAACGUAUCGAGACAUGAGCAAAAAAGCGUCUUGAGAUCUGAAUCGGAGACCUCGGUGGAAUCUUUGAGCGAGUUUAAAAGCCCUUCACCAAUCCCUCGACCUGAAGCAAGUUGCCCUACCCCAGAGAGCAUUAGAGAGGUAAAGCAGCUAUUGGGAUCGAAAUUGAUAGAAACAAAAACUGAAACGGCACCACAACAAUCACCAGAAACCAUUAAACGCUUCUCGGAAUUAAAGGUGGACAUCUUCGUAGUGGGCGGAUUUCAAAGAAAGCAAUUCGAACAAGCGCGUUCUGUCUUCAACGAAUCCUGGGUUCGAUUCUGUGACCUUCCCUCACCUAGGCAGCACCACGCGGCGGUCCUUGUGGAUCGGACCGUAUACCUCAUAGGUGGACGUGACCCAACCGGAAUUUUUCCGACUGAACCGACCAACACUGUGUUUGCGAUCGAAAUAGACGGCAAAACAUGGGUCACCAAACCAAGAAUGGGCGACGCGCGGAUGAAGCAUUGCGCAUGCGCCGUGAACGAAGACAUCUAUGUUUUUGGUGGCAUUGGUGCAGAAAAAAGCAUUCUGUCGACAGUGGAACAAUUCAAAACACGUUCCAACACGUGGACCUUCAUCGCCAUGCUGACGUCACCUAGAUACGCCGCCUGCGCAGCAACGUUGGGUGGGCAAUGUUUCAUCGCUGGCGGCAGAAAUUCCUUUGCAAAGAAAAAUGCGGCUAGCUAUCUUGCCUUGUUCGAAUGUUACAACCCUGCAACAAACACGUGGUCAAUGAAGAGCUGUAUACGCAAGCCGCGCUGCUACGCCUCUCUGGUCAGUGUGGAAGACAGCCUGUACCUAUGCGGUGGACUGACCCUGCAGAGUGACCACUCCAAGCCCCGGAGUCUCUACGCCAUCGACGUUUACCGGCCCCAAUCACGUCAAUGGACGCUCGAGGCGGAUAUGAUGACGUCACGACAUGCUGCGGGCGUCACUGUUGCAGGAAGUCGCAUUUACAUGAUUGGCGGGAGGUCCGAACCCAGUAGCCACAUGUUGAGGAGCGUGGAGUGCUACGACACUGCGCACCGGAGAUGGUGUCCCAAACCAGACGACCUCCCGUACCCCGCCAAGGGCAUUAUCUGCAUGUCCGCGCUACAAAGACUCUAGAUUUUUACUCAUGAACAACAAAAUAAUAACAUACAUAACUUUAUUUGAUUGUCAAUUUACUCCUAAAAUAAAUUGCCAUGUUAAACAAAA